AUGGCCGCUGUCCGUCGUCCUGCCUGCGCUUCCUGCAGCUCACUGCUGCUCGCCUCCCUGCUCUUCAUCGCCAUGGCCAUAUUCGCCCUCGCCGCCGUGGCCAAGGGCGCGGGAGAGCCCGACCCGGACCCCGAGCGCGGCGGGGGCCCCAUGGACUGCCCGAUAGAGUGCGCCUCGAAGCUGACCGGCUUCAUCAUGGAGACCAUCAAGUGCUACGCGGCGUGCAUGGGAGGAGGAGGAGGAGGAGGAGGGGAGCUGAGUGCCGCUGAGGAGAAGCACGCGGCGGCCGUCAUGCGUGGGGCGUGUCGUCAGCGCGUGCUGGGCUCGCCGGUUACGACGUGGCCGAAUCUGGACAUCUUCCUUCCGACCAUCUCCGAGGAUCCGAAGUUGUGGGUGUGGCCAAUGGAGUUCGACCCGUACAGGUUCGUGUCCGGCGGCAAGACGGUGGACAUGACGGGGUCGGCGGGGAUCCGGAUGAUCCAGCUCGGCACGGGGCGUGCGGAGAAUCUGCCCCGGACUUGCCAUGCCAUGGGGACGACGCACAUCGCCCUGAUAGUGGCGCAGAUGGUGCAGGCGUUCGAGUGUAGCGGGCACCCGUCGCAGCCGCCACUGGACUUCAAGGACAAGAUGGAGUUCACGGUGGUGAUGGAUCGGCCGCUGCUCGCCGCGGUGAAGCCCCCGAAACCUCUCGUUCUGAUCGAACGUGUGCAUGGGAACAGGAGGCUGGCGGGCCACUACUCGGUGAAGGGCGCGCGCCGUGAUGAAGGUGGUGUUGUAGUGCACUGCGCAGCAGCCGUGGGACAGGCCACGUAUGGGCAUCGUCGAUGUGCUGGAGCGGCUGCAGGGGUAAAUGUGUGA